GUGCACUCUGCACUCCUGUGUUAAGAGAAGAGUUUAUCUGACAUUUGUCUGCUUGCUUUGCUGACAGAUUUAUCACCCCAACUAGAAGAAGAUGCAUCCUCCUUUCCAAUUUGGUGUAGAAAAUUUCAUUUAUAUGAGAAGCUGCUUUUGUCUGCCAAACUCUGGAGCAUGGAAUCGCCUCUGAUCCAGCAUGCAUCAAGACUGAUCAAACACUGGACACAAAGAUAGUCCUGGGGGAAGACUGGGGAGGGGAGCAGUGAAAAACCCGAAAUGUUUGGGAAAGGGCGUGCCUUCUUUUGGCUGCGUGAACAGAACGAUGCAAUAAAGGAGCAAUGAAGCAGAAAGAGAUGCAGCAGACCUUGGAAAACAUGUCCUAGGAAGAGAAAGGACAUUGCCCUGAUGAUGCAAUUAUUUUUUCAUUCACUGCUACAUUUCUAGCUCAAAUUGAUUAUCUAAGCUCCUGAAAUGGAGAAACGACACCAGAAAAACAGAAGUGUAUAUCAACAGAUUAUUGCACUCUUCUGGAAAAAUGUGAUUCUGAAAUGGAGGAUGAAAACACAAAGUUUUCAGGAAUGGUUCUCAUCGCUAUUUUUUCUCUUUGUGAUACUAAUUCUGCAACUUCUGUCAUCAUUUCACAUUUCUGGGGAGAUACCUGAGGCAUCCCUUGGACAGCUAGAUGAUCCUUUCUUCAAUGUUACAGAAACUAAAAUUAUUUAUACUCCUGGAACAAAAAUGGCAAAAGAAAUAAUGGAGAAAGUAAGAAACAUCUCUGUCUUGAAAGGUAUAAGCACAGAACUAAUGGAAGAUGAAAAAGCCAUGGAAGCCUAUGAGGCACAAAGCGAGGACAAGAAAACCUUGGGGGUUGUCUUCAGUGAUGAAUUUUCCUAUAAACUCAGAUUUCCUUUCUAUGACAUAGUUUCACCAAAUGAGGCUCUUGGACACAUAGAUGCCUGUUACAAUUAUUCAGAAACUUAUUGUAAAAAUCCAAAAUACUGGUUUGAAGGAUUUCUGUCAUUACAGUCUAGCAUUGAUAGUGCUCUUAUAGAACGUACCACCAGCCACUCUGUUUGGGAUGAAAUGAAGUCAAUUAGUGGCAUCCGAAUGAGAUCACCAUCUCUUACAUCUUCAGACCACUUUGCAGACUCUAUUCUCCAUGUGAUUGUAUCCUUAUGCUUUUCUCCACUUACAUAUUUCUUGUCACAUAACGUUUCAAGGGAAAAACGGAAGCUAAAGGAGGUGAUGAAGACAAUGGGGUUAAAAGAUAUGGCAUUCUGGCUGUCCUGGGGUUUACUGUAUGCUGUGUACAUUUUGAUCUUGUCCUGCAUGCUGACAGCUCUUAUACGAGACAUAUAUUUUGCCACAAGCAGCUUCCUUGCACUAUUUCUUCUGUUAUUCCUUUAUGGCAUCUCAUCCAUCCAUUUUUGUUUCAUGAUCAGUUCUCUCCUAAAGAAGCCAAAAUCCACUUCCUUUGUUGUUCUCUUGCUCACCAUAUUUUUUGGAGCCUUCAGCAUUAUUACAUUGUUUAUUAUGAUUCCUGCACCUUUGGAAUGGACUUUGAGCCUCUUCUGCCCUUUUGCAUUUGGUGUUGCACUUACAAAGGUUUCCUUUUACAACAAAUAUGGAAAAGACUUCUAUUUUUCUAACCUCAUGGAAGAAAUACACUUUUAUGUCCUGCUCUUUGACACUGUUUUAUAUAUGCUGCUGGCUAUUUAUUUUGACAAGGUCUUGCCUGACAAAUAUGGAGUGCCUUAUCCUCCGUUGUUUUUCCUAAAGAAGUCAUACUGGUUUAAAUCAAGAAGUGGCUAUAGUCGUGACACUCUUACAAAUGAACAAAGUCAUGGUAAUAUCUUUAGUGAUCAUGCUGAAGCUGUGCCUCCAGAAUUUGAUGGGAAGGAAGCCAUCAGACUAAGCAAUAUUAAAAAAACAUACCAAGUGAAGAGCACAAAAACAGAAGCUUUGAGAGGCUUGUUCUUGAAUAUUUAUGAAGGCCAGAUCACUGCAGUGCUUGGUCAUAGUGGAGCUGGAAAAACGACCCUCCUAAACAUUCUCAGUGGACUUUCCAAGCCAUCUGAUGGUUCUGCAGCAAUAUUCAAGUACAAUAUAUCUGAAAGGAACGAUAUGGAACAUAUUAGGCAAAUUUGUGCUAUUUGCCCACAAUUCAACAUUCAAUUUGAACUGCUAACUGUGAAAGAAAACUUAAAGACAUUUGCGAAAAUAAAAGGGGUUUCAUCCAGUGAUAUAGAAAAAGAGGUGCAAAAUAUACUGACCCUCUUGGAUCUCAAUGGCAUUCAAGAUAUCCAAGCGCAUCGUUUAAGUGGUGGACAAAAACGAAAAUUAUCUCUUGCGAUUACCUUCUUAGGAGAGCCUCAGGUCUUAUUAUUAGAUGAGCCAACCGCAGGCCUGGAUCCUUAUUCUAGACAUCAAGUCUGGUCCCUACUGAGUGAGCGCAAAGCAGGUCAGGUGACGCUUUUCACUACUCAGUUCAUGGAUGAAGCCGAUAUUCUUGCUGACCGAAAAGCUUUUAUCUCACAUGGUAGGCUGAAGUGCGUUGGUUCAUCUUUGUUUUUGAAGAAAAGAUGGGGUGUUGGCUAUCACUUAAGGAUGCAGGUAAAUGAGUUUUGUGAUCCUGAGAGAACAACAGCCCUUGUCAAACAAUACAUCCCUGCUGGCAAAUUAUCAGGACAACGUGAAAAUGAGCUGAGUUAUAUAUUGCCAUUAGAAAACGUGAAUAAAUUCCCAGAUCUGUUCCGUGAUGUGGAUCAGCAGACAGACCAAGGGAUUGUUAAUUAUGGGGUUACUGUGACAACUUUGGAAGAUGUCUUCUUGAAACUGGAGGUUGAUGAAACAGUCGAUGAAGAAGAUGAUGGAGUUCUUUAUAGAGAGCAUAUGGAAGGAGGAAAAAGGGGCGCUUCCUCUCCUGAAGAAAUAGAGCAAGAUCUGCUGCUGCUUUCAGACACUGGAAAGGCAACCUUAAGAGGCAAAGAACUCUGGAGACAACAAGUUUGUGCCGUGGCAAGAAUGCACUUCUUAGACUUCAAGCGGGAGCGCAAACUCUGGGGAUCCAUAUUAUUAAUUUCUAUCGUAAUACUAGCACCUCUUGUCAUUCAGUUGAGCACAUAUUCUUUUUGGAUGAACCUGCAUUAUGCUGAGCUGCAUCCUGGUCUUUAUUUUGAGCCAGGAAUGGUAUCUUUCAGGGGAACGUCUGGACUUCUGAUUCUCAAUAAUACAGGCGGAAGCAUUGACAAUUUUAUCCAUGCUGUGAAGAGCCAGAAUAUAUUUGUGGAGACAAUCACUGGCCACAAUGUCAGUGACCACUUUGUACACAAUGGGGCUAUUAAAGUGGCCCUUCAAGACAAGAAAUAUAGAUUCACACUUAUGUGCCACACAGAAGUAAUCAAUUGCUUCCCCGUGCUUGUCAACAUCAUCAGCAAUGCUCUUCUGAAAACAUUAAAUUCCACUGCCCGUAUUCGAGUCUGGAAUCAUGUCUUUGUUAAUAUUCAUCCUGAACUUAUAUGGAUAUAUUUUUCUGCAAUACACAUGCUUGGGAUUCUUCUGUUUUUCCCUGCUUUUCCGGCACACUUUGCAAUGACCAGUGUCCGAUACUACAAGAUAAAAGCUCGAGCUCAGCUGCGGGUCUCGGGUCUCUUUCCUUCUGCAUAUUGGUGUGGACUAGCUCUGGUGGACAUUCCUCUGCAUUGGAUUCUACUCUUGUUCACAUUUGGCUCAUUCUAUCUACUCUUUUUCAGUAUAGUAACAAGUGUCAAUGCCACAAUAGUUUUCUCAUUGGUGUCAUUUGUAUUUGGCUAUGGCAUGUCACUUGUCUUGUUCCUAUAUAUCAUUGCCCUUGUAUUUAGAAAGCAAUCAUAUACCAGUAGUUUUUGGUCAUUCAUCUUCAUCUUGGCACUCGUGUUUUUCUUCAUUAUAAAUAUUAUUGCAAGCCUCCUGGAACAAUUCUAUGUGCAUCAUUUGAUGAACUUCCUGAUUCCGAUAUGUCCAGCAGGAAACAUCUUAUUCAUUUUGUUAGGGAUGAUGCUUUACUCAUCUGCUGAUAUACCCUAUGAGCAACUACUGUUAUCAUCAUCCUUAGCGCCGUUUGUCCAGAGUGUAGCUUUCAUUUUUUUACUUCAAUAUCUGGAGAUGAAAUGCAGCAGGCCAGCUAUGAGAAGAGACCCUGUCUUUUGCAUCGCUACACAGAGAGAGAGAACCCAUCAGUAUCCUGAAGAACGCAGUGAAGAUGUUGACAGAGAUGUUCAAGAUGAAAGGGCAAGAGCUCAAAGUGCACUGAUGUUGGCAAAUCAGGAAGAAAAACCAGUUAUAAUUGUCCACCACCUCCGCAAGGAAUACAAAAACAAGAAGGCUUGUUCGUGCUGCAAGAAGGAGAAGGAGGGGGGGAAAGUGGCCACCAGGAAUGUCUCUUUUUGUGUUAAAAAAGGAGAGGUAUUUGGGCUCUUGGGACCUAACGGGGCUGGCAAAAGCACAACAAUCAGCAUGAUUACAGGAGACACAGAUCUGACUGCUGGACAGGUGCUGAUAAAGGGGGCGGAUGCAGCUGCAAUAGAAGAAAACACUGCUGGGUUCCUAGGCUAUUGUCCCCAGGAGAACGCCCUCUGGCCUAACCUGACCAUGAAAGAACAUCUGGAGAUUUAUGCAGCUGUGAAAGGCAUAAGGAAAGAUGCUGCUGCUAUUGCGAUUGAUCGAAUAGUGCAAGCCCUGCAACUUCAAGGUCAUUUAAAAAAGACAAUCAAGAUAUUAGCUGCUGGAUUAACUAGGAAGUUAUGCUUUGCCCUGAGCAUGGUGGGUAAUCCAACUGUGAUGCUAUUAGAUGAACCAACAACAGGAAUGGAUCCCAAAGGAAAGCGGCAGGUCUGGAAUGCCAUUCACACUGUACUGAAGGAUAAGGACCAAGGAGCCAUUUUGACAACUCACCACAUGGAAGAAGCUGAAGCAGUGUGUGACCGAGUAGCUAUCAUGGUUUCUGGACAGCUCAGGUGCCUUGGUUCUAUUCAGUAUCUGAAAAGCAAAUUUGGCAAAAAUUAUUUGCUGCAGAUAAAAGUAAAGGGAGUAGAGCAAGGCGAUCUUGUGAAUACAGAGAUUCUGAAGAUGUUCCCCCAUGCAGCUCGUCAAGAAAGGAUAUCCACUUUGUUGGUCUACAAGAUACCAAUGCAAGAUGCACUACCUCUCUCAAAAGCCUUUUCCAUGCUGGAAGAUGCUAAACGAAGCUUCAACUUUGAGGAGUACAGUUUUUCUUUAAACACUUUGGAACAGGUUUUCAUAGAUCUUUGUAAAGAGCAAGAGCGAGAAGAUUUUGACAGGCCUCUGGAUACAACUUUUGAAUGGAAACAACUACAGCAGGAUGAGCUUUAAGAUGUUAAUGGCCUAGUCCAAAGAUAUUCCUUACAGAUAUAGAUGCUAACCCAUUUGUAACAAGAGAGAUAUAAGGCAUAUGGGGCAGAACAAAAUGUCUCUGCCAAUUGGAUUUUUUUUUGGGGGGGGGCCCUGCAAAACAAUGAAAAAAGGAUUUGGGGGGUUAACUGGAAAUACAUGGGAUACUUAUUUUUCCCCACAGUGUGGGAGGGUAUCCGAUAAAUGGGUUGUGGCACUCACUUGCUCCAAUCAGACAGGACGUGUUGAAAUUAGAAUUUUUCCCAGGAUGCAAGGGAGAAGGCCCUCCCAGACCUGCCUUGCUUCAGUAAACACGACCGCAAAGGAUCUCUGUCCUAUUCCUGUCUUUUACUACUAAUUGACAGACCCUUUUACUUUCCUCUUUUUUUCUUCUCUCCCCUUUCUCUUUAACAUUCGUUAGGAUGGGAAGGGAAUAGCAAAAACACAUUUUCUGUUUCCUUUCCUCUCAUUUACUAACUUUUACUACCUUAAGGACAAAGUUUCUGUAGACUUCAGAGAACUGAAGGCUUGCACAGACUGAAAGGAGCUUUUCUACUUGUUCUAUCUUCUGUUGUCUCUUGAUUUAAUGUGUAUGUUUCAAAAUAUAGAUUGGUUCCCUUCACAUGCUUCAAUGGUUGGAGGAAUCUGAAGCAAGCAAAAAGAUUUUAGAUUUAUACAUGCCUACAACAUACAGGGGCAUUGCAUACAAAAUUGUUCUGUUGGUAUCUUAAUGAACUAAAAAAAAAAAAGAUCAACGUCUUAGUUUGAUUAGUUUGGCCUGGCCUUCCAGGGUUUUAAAAUGGUUGUAAAGGGUUUUUAAUGUACCUGCUUUUCAGGGUUUAUAAAUUGUUUUAUUGUUUAAUUGUUUUAUGGUAUUUUAUAUUUUUAAUUAUUGAUUGUUUUUAACUGUCUUUGUUUUAUUUGUAAACCGCCCUGAGCCAAUUUUGGAAGGGUGGUAUAAAAAUUGAAUGAAUGAAUGCAUGCAUGAAUGAAUAAAUAAAUAAAUAAAACAAUGGUUAUAAAUAUA